AUGACCACUGUUUUACGUUUGAAGGAGACCCAUAGAUCGGGUCCUGCUGCAGACAUAUCCGAGCAUACUUACGGAAGAAGAGUCGCUAUUAGAAAAUGGUUUCAUAAUUUGUACAGAGAGAAGCCAGAUGAGCAAUUUGAUGGGGAUGAAUGUAUCUCUCUUGAGGAAGCUGAAAGCCUAGUGAUGGUUCCGUCAUUCAACUUGACGUCAGGCCAAAGUACCACAGAAUCUUCGAGAAGUACUUCUCCUGAGAAGAAGCAAACUCAUAGUCACAGAGAUAAGAUUAGAGAACUCAAGGUGCAUCUUAAAGUCAAGCUUUCCCAUUUCAAACACAGACACGCUAGAGGCGUAACCGAAAAAGUCAGCGCUGAGAAGGAUGCCAAGAAUGACGCUGACGCUAACAAGACUGAAAUGGAAGAUCUUUGUGUUCAGAAUCUAUUUGCUGAGCAAGAUGAUGUUGAGAAGGAUCUGAUGGAUAGGAAAACGAAGUCUUCUGCUCACGACGGGACAGAUGUUUUAGCGGAAACUUCAAUUUCAAAGACCUGUGAAGAGCAUGAAAAUGAGCACACAAAGGGCACUGCCGGUCAGCAGUUAUCAGAUGGUACUACAGCGAUUUCUCUAACCCCGGAGGGCAGUUGCGGAACGAAGAGGCUAUCGAACGACGAUAGGAACACUGCUUCUAUCAAAAGGCCCUGCUCCAGCAAGGCCAUCGGCUCAAGUUCAUCAGGUGAGAGCUCUGAAGACACCUCGGAUGCUAAUCAGUUUGAGCAAAGCUCAGUGGAAAAGACACCUUCUGCCUAUCUCACGAAGUCGCCUAGCAGCUCAGAAUCGGAAUCUGCGCAGCACUUACAAGCUGCCGCAAAUAGUCAGACAGUCGUUGAUUCCUCCAUUGAACCUUAUGAAACAAAUUCGGACAGCAUGGAAAGCUCCGAUGACUUUUCGAGCUCGGAAGAUACGUCUUCCUCUGAUGAAUUUUCGACAACAGAAGGCGAUACUGCUCAGCACUUCGAAGCAUGUAUGUCUCCCAUUGCAUCUGAGAAAGUCUAUACGAUUCCCACUUUCAGAAAGAAAGUGGGUACAUUAAACGUCUCCAAUAUUGUUAAAAGCUUUAGGGAAGGUACAAUCAGCCAGGAUCAGCUAAUUGAAAUGGCCAACAAAGGAGUCGAUGGACAUGGGGAUUUGACUUUUAGAAAUAAAGAGUUUUACGAUGAUAUUUCGCAUGUCAGCUCAAGCAUUAACGCGAAUGAAAAGAUAGAUGAUAAGAAAGCUCGAAAAGAACUACGUUCGAGUAUGAAGAACUAUUUUAAGCCAGUUGAGAAUCAAAAAUCUGGUUCUGUAAAGUUUGAUAGGUUCUCAUGUCUUAUCGUCUACGAAAGACCUGUCAAUGCUAGCUAUUCGAGAACUAAGGAAGCAGCUAGCUCGAGCGCUUGUGAAGGCACUCUGAGAUUGAAUAAAAGGUCUCAGUCACCGAUGCAGGGCCAAAGAGGCAGUGGAACUAAAUCUAUUCUCAAAGUGAAGUCCAAUCUAAGAGCCAAGGAAGAAAAUAAACGAGCAGAUGAUUGUGACCGCGUUGGAGUAGAUUCAUUUAUGGAUCUGUUUGAACACUUCGAACACAAGAAGCAAAUGGAAGAGUGCAUGUUGCCUGGGGUGAGAGAAGGACAGCUUAACAACUAUUUCUCAGAGAAUUACUUUCCUGAAAUUUUGGAAGAUAUUACGAUAGCAACAUCCGCCAAUAGUGAGUUUUCGAGAAGUAGGAAAGCUACGGAAUCGAAUAUUGGUAGAAAACUUGGCGCGAUCAACUGUCGUAUGGUACACUACAUUUGUGACCAAUGCGACUCGCCCGUUACAAGGCACAAUACAAGAAGCAAGGCAUCGUGA